CGCAAUCGCCAGUUUUUGUGAGAAAUAACGGAUGAUAACGGACAUGGUGAAUACCGCCUAGUGGCCAGCUCUGCUCAGCUGCGGGACCGUCCAUGGUGGCACUGCGUCGGCCUACGGAGAGCUCCAAGGCGGCGGUGGCCACAACCACCAAGUCCCUAUCCGCCGUAUCACUAACCAAGAAGACGGUGCGUAUUCUUUGUGAUCACCUUUGUGGUAAUUAUUAGUUUGAUCAUUUUCUUCUUCUUGUUUAGAAUGCUUUGGAAUCAUAUGUUGAAGAGCUCAAGAACAACCUCGAGGUUCAAAGCCGAGAAGUGACACAACGAGAUGAAGCGCUACAGGAACUAGUAGGCAAGGUGAUGAUCAUCGAUUUUUCGUGAUGUCAUGGAUUAGAUACAAUUUGUUAACUACAUAUCGCCUUGUAUGCUUUUAUUAGGUAGAUAUGCUGCACGACGCCUUCAAUUCACUGUCUGACGUCGUCACAUGUGAAGUCGAGGAAAUACAGAAGCAGAUUGCGACCACUACCUCGCAAUUGCAGGAUCGGGUAGCUAAACUGGAGCAUUCUAUAGGAUUGCUGGAGUCUCAAGUGCCUCGUAUGGAUGGCAAGCGCCGACAACUUCAGGAAACAUCGGAACGGCGCUUUCUCACUAUCCAAGAAACCUGCUCUAAGAUCGAGUUGGCUAUUUACGAGACCCAAUCGGAGCUAGCUCAUGUGAAAAAUGCCUCGGAAGAUCUCAUGACACGAGAGCGAGAGGCUGCACAUUUGCAGAAAACCCUACAGCUCUCACAAGAAGAUGCGGUGGACGCUCUAAAGCGACUCAAAGAAGAGAGUAGCCAACUCCAAGUGGAGCUCUUCGCUCUUAAAGAGCAUACAACUGGAAUUACCACGUCAGUUGCGAGUGAUGUUCAAGUACUAGCGACAGAAUAUUCGACACUUCGAGGCUUAGUAUCGAAGCAACAAUCUCAGUGGUUAGGCCAACUCAAGACACUACAAGAAACUUUUGACCGACAAGGAAAACUGGACAAAACGCAGCUUUCUCAACGAUUGGAUACACUAUCCGAUGCUGUUGCAUCACAAGAACAUCGUACAAAAAAUGCGGUUGACAAUCUACUGAAAAAUCAUACUCGUAUCCGAUGUGCAGUCGAUGAAGGCAUGGAGAUCUGUUCGCGAGAGGUCCGAGCGUUGAGUAACGAGGUGAAAGCUAUUGAAGCCGACCAACAAGAGAAAUUCGAUCAGGUUGUUCAGCAAAUGGCUACGAGCUCCAUUGAAUGUGAUCAACGAUACGACGAGCUUCAUCUCGCGCUUAGAUCGAUCGCACAUCGGCUCAAAGUCUCGCUGUAG